AUGGAGUGGAUCUUGCCGUCUGAUGAGGAAACGUUUCCUUUAAGUGAAUCGUUAGAUGAAUUGGAUGCUGCCGAAAGUAGGAUGUCUUUAUCUAAAGAUGAAUACAGGAAGGAGGACAAGAAGUGCAUCGAGAAGCACCACGAGUGCACCCACGACAAGCAGAAUUGCUGCAAAGGGACGCUCUUCCAGUAUAAGUGCAAAUGCCAAUACGUGGUGGACGAAAAGGGGAAAAAGAGAGAACGCUGCGCUUGCCACAACCCUUUUCACUACCAAGUCGUCGAUUUGGCAGUGAACAUCGGCAAAAAAAUCGGCUGAAGCAACCCACCUUACUCCUUUUGUUAAAUAUCUAUUCUGUUCAGUCAUACCUGAAAAUUCCACGUUUCUAGCUUUCUUGUGAUUUUAUUGAAAAUGAAAUAAAUAUAAAAGGAUGGCAUUUCAUAAUGAAA